CAGCCGGCAAAGGCCGCUUCCUUUUUAUAUAUAUAACAACGACACAACGUGGUUAUCUAUAUUUAUUUGCGUGUUUAUAUGUGCGUUGAAGAGUCAACCGAAAAAAACCAAAGCCAAGCAUGUAUCUGUUUAUUGGAAAUCUCGGUUCUUUUCAGAAGAACGAUAGUGAUUGAUUUCUGGGUUUCAAUCGUAUUGUGUCAAUUUAUCCGAUUUGAUAAGAUUAGUGUCUUCUUUCUAGAAUUUGGGGUGUUUAUUGCCGACUUUGAAUGUUUGGGUGAAGAUAAGGAUCGAGCUUGAAUGAUUGGUCUUCUAGUCCAUGUUUUUGACAAUCUGUGUCUAAGGGUCUUGAAUUGGGUCUAAUUGAUCUGUCGGGUUUAGGCCAAAGCUUGAAAAUUAUUUCAAGAAUUGGCAUAAGUUGAUUCUAUUUUGAUGGGAUGGCAAAAGAUGGAGUUUUUGGAAGUAUAGUAUCGGUUUUCGGGGGUGAAUUUUGUUGGUGAAGGAGGAUUCUGAAGCUACGGUUGGAUAAUACGGCAAUAUGGGUUGCAUAAGCUCUAAGGCUGACCGGGAAAGCCCGAAUGAGAGGCGGGUGUCGCGUAAAGGGUCAAUAGAUAGGCGUGUUGCACAUGUUAGUUCAGGCAAAAGAGAGGAGGUAGGUCGAUCAAAGGAUAGAUUGGAUAGUGCUGAGGCGAAGAUUAUGUUGAUUGAUAAGAAAACAACUGGUUCGAAUAGGUAUUUUGCUGAUCAGGUGGGGAAGAAGAAGGAAGAGAAUUGUGAAGCUACAACUAUUUGUCAUCAAAGUUUGGGAAGGGUCCCAAAGAGUAUAGAAGGAGAACAGGUUGCAGCAGGAUGGCCAUCUUGGCUUGCUUCAGUCGCCGGUGAAGCUAUCAAUGGAUUGGUGCCGCGGCGUGCUACCACAUUUGAAAAGUUGGAAAAAAUAGGCCAAGGAACUUAUAGUUGCGUAUACAAGGCUCGGGAUAUCACUAAUGAUAAAAUUGUUGCUUUGAAGAAAGUUCGCUUUGACAUUCAUGACCUUGAGAGUGUGAAGUUUAUGGCCAGGGAAAUUAUUAUUUUGCGUAGACUUGACCAUCCAAAUAUAAUUAAACUGGAAGGAUUGAUUACUUCCCAGAUCUCAUCCAGCUUAUACCUAGUAUUUGAGUAUAUGGAACAUGAUCUAACGGGACUUGCAUCCAUUCCUGGAAUGAAGUUCACAGAACCGCAGGUUAAGUGUUAUAUGCAGCAGCUAUUAAGUGGACUUGAUCAUUGCCAUAGGCAUGGCAUUCUGCAUCGUGACAUAAAGGGUUCAAAUCUUCUUAUUGAUGGCAAUGGUAUUUUGAAGAUUGCGGAUUUUGGCUUAGCAAGUUUUUUUGAUCCUCAUAAUAGCGUUCCAUUGACGAGUCGUGUAGUGACUCUGUGGUAUCGACCACCAGAACUUUUACUUGGAGCAUCUAAGUAUGGAGUUGCAGUAGAUUUGUGGAGCACUGGUUGCAUACUUGGGGAAUUAUAUGCCGCGAAGCCUAUUUUGCCUGGAAAAACAGAGGUUGAGCAAUUGCAUAAGAUUUUUAAGCUAUGUGGCUCACCAUCUGAAGAUUAUUGGAGAACGUCAAAAUUGCCUCACUCAACAGUAUUUAAACCUGUACAACCCUACAGAAGAUGCAUUGCAGAAACAUUCAAACAGUUUCCUGAGCCAGCUGUAAGGCUUAUGGAGAGCUUGCUUUCCGUAGAUCCAGCUCAUCGAGGAACUGCUGCUUCCGCACUUAAGAGUGAGUUCUUUUCAGUAGAACCGCUUGCAUGUGAUCCUUCGAGUUUGCCCAAAUAUCCUCCCAGCAAGGAGAUUGAUGCUAAAAGGCGAGAUGAAGAAGCUAGAAGGGAAGGAGCAGUAGGAGGCAGGGGCCAAAAGCUUGAGCCACAAAGGAGAGGACCAAGAGGAUCUCUUGAUAGAGAUCCUAUCCCAGCUCCUAAUGCGCAUGCUCAAUUAGUGUCGUCAGGCCAGAGAGGAUAUCAAACGAGUUCAAAGAGUAGAAGUGAGAUCUAUAAUUCUCACAAGCAGCAAACUAAUUCUGGAUUUCUGGUUGAUCCCUCUCAACUAAGACAAUCUGUACAGAAAGACUCUGUGGAGCAUCAACAUAAGAAAGUUUCUUAUUCAGGGCCAUUAGUUCAUGGAACUGGACGGGCAAAGGCUGGAAAGGAACAUGAUGUCCCUCCUGCAAUAUCAGCCCGAACUAAUUUGUCGAACUUAUCGGGUUUAGUUGCAGCUAGAACUUCGUCGGCUGAAGUAUGGCAAGGAAAAUUAAGUGCAUCGCAGCAAGAAACAAUAAAGCAAGUUGGCAGGUCUAGGGGCUCUCUUAAUCAAUUGGAGUUCGCAGGAAAGGAGGAUCGAAAAUGUGACAUGCAGAAGGUCACAAAGUCUCCUCAAUCGGGAGGUGGAAAAUUUGUUGAUAGAGAAUCAAGUCUGCAGGUUCAUGGACCCAAAGGAAACAAGAUUUAUGUUUCUGGCCCAUUACUUGUUCAAUCAAACAAUGUGGAGCAGAUGCUUAAAGAGCAGGAUCGCCAAAUCCAAGAAUUUGCUCGGCGAGCACGAGUUCAAAGGGCAAAGCUUCAGAACAGUCGGCAUGCAAUUGAAGGCUGCAGUCGAUAAUGGAAUGAUGCUUCCGUCAUGAGACAGAGAAAUCAGGAGUAAAACCUGAUACUCAAUCUGUUCUUUAGAUAGUCAAGAAAAGUCUGGUCAAUAUGACAGAUUUUUCCGGGUCGCAAGGCUCUCUGUACAGUAAGUGUUUCCUUUUAUCGUAUGAUUUAUUUCCUUCCCAGUUUACAACAAAAGCACAUUCAGAAUUUGUCAAUUUUGAUGACAUGUUUGUGUAGAGAGAUAGAUUUAUACAUGUACUCACUACUCAGCAAUUCCUCAAGCGGCCGUUUAAUGGUUAAUAGUGUAUCUUGUAUAUAUAAUAAUUCAAGUUUUCAAUGUGGUGA